AUGGCGACCGUGUUCCAAUUCUUCCCUGACCUGCCCGCUGAACUGCGCGUGAGCGUCUGGCAUGUUGCCCUCGAGGACGAUUAUGACGAUCUCAACGGCCGUGACCGAAUCAUUGAGCUACACACCUACAACCCAACGUUCAAACGGAUUGCCGCCUCGGUAUCGCGCCGCUACCCAACGCUUUUCGAGGUCAACCGCGAAGCGCGGUAUGAAGCUGCUAAAGCUGGCGGCGGAGAAGGGGUAACUGCGAAAACUCGCUUCAAUGGCCGAAAGGAGCCGGAACACACGACCAGCUUCAGUAUCUACAUCAACUGCUUACACGACAUAGUCUUCAUUUCAGAGCGGUUCAUCUCCUACGAACCCAGUUGCGAACAUUUACGCCACCACAGGGUUAACAAAACCGAGGAGACGAGCGAACAACUCUUUAUCAGUAUACUCCCCGACAGUGUCCUCAAGAAGAUCUUGUACCUCUUGCUCACGAUUGUCAACGAAGCCAAGCAUGGUCGGGCACCUUACAAGGGCAAGUAUCUCGAGCUCUUCACUGCCCUAAAGCGUCUUCAUCUUUUCGCUCACACCCUCCAUGAUCAUUCUGUCCGAACAAGGCAAGUAAUUGAAGCGCAUGUGUAUAAGGUAUGGGAGUCAGAUCACUCAUGGACACCAUAUGUAUCUGACUCCCUUGGCCCCCUUAAUGGGCACCCCGAACAUCACAAAACUCUUACGUGGAUGUAUGUUACCGGUAUUACGAAUCUUGAAUGCGAUGGAAUUCGCAGAGUUGAGUGGGGUCUUAGGAAAGAUUUCCGGGUGCCUAGGGCGAAGAAGGGAUCGGGCACUCUGCAAAAGCUUGAUUGA